UGUCACCGCCGCCCUGCCGGGGCCAUGUUCGCCCGCGGCUUGCCCUACUUGGUGGCGCUCUUGGUGGCCUCGGUCGAGAGCCAUCUGGGGGCUCUGGGGCCCAAGAACGUCUCGCAGAAUGAUGCCGAGUUUGAGCACACCUACUCCCACGAGGUCAACAGCGAGCUGGUCAACAUCUACACCUUCAACCAUACCGUGACCCGCAACCGGACCGAGGGUGUGCGUGUGUCUGUGAAUGUCCUGAACAAGCAGAAAGGGGCGCCUUUGCUGUUCGUGGUUCGCCAGAAGGAGGCUGUGGUGUCCUUCCAGGUGCCCCUAAUCCUGCGAGGGCUGUAUCAGCGGAAAUACCUCUACCAAAAGGUGGAACGGACGCUGUGUCAACCUCCCACCAAGAAUGAAUCCGAGGUCCAGUUCUUCUAUGUGGAUGUGUCUACUCUGUCACCCGUCAACACCAAGUACCAGCUCCGAGUCAGCCGAAUGGACAACUUCGUGCUCAGGACUGGGGAGCUGUUUAGCUUCAACACUACUGCAGCCCAGCCCCAGUACUUCAAGUAUGAGUUCCCUGAGGGAGUGGACUCUGUGAUUGUCAAGGUGACCUCGAACAAGGCCUUCCCCUGCUCAGUCAUCUCCAUCCAAGAUGUCCUGUGUCCUGUCUAUGACCUGGACAACAAUGUAGCCUUCAUUGGCAUGUACCAGACCAUGACCAAGAAGGCAGCCAUCACUGUACAGCGCAAAGAUUUCCCCAGCAACAGCUUUUAUGUGGUGGUCGUGGUGAAGACUGAAGACCAGGCCUGUGGAGGUUCCUUGCCCUUCUACCCCUUUAUGGAAGAUGAACCGGUUGAUCAAGGGCAUCGCCAGAAAACCCUGUCAGUGCUGGUCUCCGAAGCGGUCACGUCAGAGGCCUAUGUCAGUGGGAUGCUCUUUUGCCUGGGCAUAUUUCUUUCUUUCUACCUGCUGACUGUCCUCCUGGCCUGUUGGGAGAAUUGGAGGCAGAGGAAGAAGACCCUGCUGAUGGCCAUUGACCGAGCCUCUCCAGAAAGUGGUCACCCUCGGGUCCUGGCUGAUUCCUUUCCUGGCAGCGCCCCUUACGAGGGCUACAACUAUGGCUCCUUUGACACUGGUUCUGGAUCCACUGAUGGUCUGGUUGACAGCACGGGGACUGGGGACCUCUCUUACAGUUAUCAGGGGCACGACCAGUUCAAGCGACGCCUCCCCUCUGGCCAGAUGCGGCAGCUGUGCAUUGCCAUGGACCGUUCCUUUGAACCAGUGGGUUCUCGGCCACGCCUGGACUCCAUGAGCUCCGUGGAGGAGGAUGACUAUGACACCCUGACUGACAUUGAUUCAGACAAGAAUGUCAUUCGCACCAAGCAAUACCUCUGUGUGGCUGACCUGGCGCGGAAGGACAAGCGUGUUUUGCGGAAAAAGUACCAGAUCUACUUCUGGAACAUCGCCACCAUUGCCGUCUUCUACGCUCUUCCUGUGGUACAACUGGUGAUCACCUACCAGACGGUGGUGAAUGUCACAGGGAAUCAGGACAUCUGCUACUACAACUUCCUCUGUGCUCACCCACUGGGCAACCUCAGCGCCUUCAACAACAUCCUCAGCAACCUGGGGUACAUCCUGCUGGGGCUGCUCUUCCUGCUCAUUAUCCUGCAGCGGGAGAUCAACCACAACCGGGCCUUGAUGCGCAAUGACCUCUACGCCCUGGAAUGUGGGAUCCCCAAGCAUUUUGGGCUGUUCUAUGCCAUGGGCACAGCUCUGAUGAUGGAGGGACUGCUGAGUGCUUGCUAUCAUGUCUGCCCGAACUAUACCAAUUUCCAGUUUGACACGUCAUUCAUGUACAUGAUCGCCGGCCUCUGCAUGCUGAAGCUCUACCAGAAGCGGCAUCCGGACAUCAACGCCAGCGCGUACAGUGCCUAUGCCUGCCUGGCCAUCGUCAUCUUCUUCUCCGUGCUGGGCGUGGUCUUUGGUAAAGGGAACACGGCGUUCUGGAUUGUCUUCUCGGUCAUCCACAUCAUUGCCACCCUGCUCCUCAGCACACAGCUUUAUUACAUGGGCCGCUGGAAGCUGGACUCGGGGAUCUUCCGCCGCAUCCUGCAUGUGCUCUACACGGACUGCAUCCGGCAGUGCAGCGGGCCCCUCUACGUGGACCGCAUGGUGCUGCUGGUAAUGGGGAACAUUAUCAACUGGUCGCUGGCUGCCUAUGGGCUCAUCAUGCGCCCCAAUGAUUUCGCUUCCUAUUUGUUGGCCAUUGGCAUCUGCAACCUGCUGCUUUACUUUGCCUUUUACAUUAUUAUGAAGCUCCGGAGUGGAGAGACGAUCAAGCUCAUCCCCCUGCUCUGCAUCGUCUGCACCUCUGUGGUCUGGGGCUUUGCACUCUUCUUUUUCUUCCAGGGGCUCAGCACCUGGCAGAAAACCCCUGCGGAGUCAAGGGAGCACAACCGGGACUGCAUCCUCCUCAACUUCUUUGAUGACCAUGACAUCUGGCACUUCCUGUCCUCCAUCGCCAUGUUUGGGUCCUUCCUGGUGCUGCUGACACUGGAUGAUGACUUGGAUACAGUGCAGCGGGAUAAGAUCUAUGUCUUCUAGCCUGCACUGGACCCUUGGCUUCACUUCAUGGAGCUCUGAGCUCCCCUGCGUCCCCUGCCAGGUGCCUCUGUAGGCCUGGGGCUGAGUCCCAGCCCAGCUGCCCAGCACUGGACAUCAGUGGGACAGUGAGGUCUAGCCCAGGCCCAGGUCAGGACAGUCAUGGAGGGGGUGGGCACUGAGACUUGCGGCUGCCCUCUGCCAGGGAGGAGGCUGCUCCCCUGCUUCCCCAGACACUGGCCAGAUUGCUGCUUUCUUCUCAGUGUUGGGCCUUCCGUGGGCCUCUGUCCAUUGGCUCUCCGUCCGUCUGCCCGUCCGUCCAUCUGUUUUAUCCCUCUACAGGAGGGAUAAAGGAGUGAAGGUGUUUCCUGCCCCCAUUUCAUGCCUUGCAUUCUGCCAUCUUCCCCUCCCCCCCAGCCGGAGACCCAAAGCCCGCCUUUCCUCUCAAGCUGCGGUCCUCUCUGGGGCUGCCAUCACUGCCCACUGGUCAGCCAGGAUGGAUGCGGCCGUAGGACUUUGGGGGUUGGCCACCUGGUGCCAGGCUUUCGGUGCUAAGGCCUUCAAGGGGCCCUGAGCAAGACCCCUCCCCCUGACCCGUGCUCUAGGCUGGCUUUUUAGCAAUGAGGAUCAGCCCCGCUGGAAAGCUGCUGCAGUCUUGAGGGGAUGAUUCCA